AUGGAUGAUUCGAAGAGAUUGGACUUUGGCUUUGACAGUGGUCGUGGUAUGAGUUUGGAUUACGCCGGAUCUGGAAUGGAUCGUGGAUUGCCCGAUUUUUCGAUUCAGUUACCUGUGGUUUCAACUCGGAGCGAUAUUUCUUUACCUUCUUGUGUUUCUACGAAUGUGUUUUUACAGCCAUUGAGCGCUUCGAGGGAAGGCGAUGGCUAUCAUUUUCGUCCCAGGCCCCCGCCGACUACUCGCGUUGAAUUUUUGGAAUUGGAUCUGAAAAGGGACUCACGGAACCAGCGGAGUAGGGCAAUGCAGUGGUCAAAUAUUAGCAAGGAAAUAGACAGUUUAUUAAAGGAAAUUCAGUCUGAAAUUCAUGUAACAACGAGUCCAGAGGAAGCUAAGAAAUCUGUUGACUUGCUCUUGGAAAAAUGGGACAGGCUUGAGGGACUUCAUGGGAGGUACCUUGCAGGAAUUAACGAGAGAAAAUGCUUACAAUAUGUACAAGAACGUUAUUCUACCCUGAAACUUGAAGUGGACGAUAUUAUCAAUGAGUGUGAGGGUUCGUUUAGAAGACCAGACCCCCGGCAUGGUGAACUUGGAUUGGACCGCGGACUACCAGUCUGGGAUCCGAAACAAGUUGACAAUAAGUCAGUGCACAGCGUUGCUACUCAUGUUACCAAACAUUCUGAGGCAUUAUCAGUUUCCUCACAGACGAAAUCACUAAAGAGGGCACUGGUGUCCAAAAUGAAACUAGACUUAGCAAGAGCAAGGGCAAAGGAAGAUGCAGAAGUAGCAAGAGUGGCUCAUGAAUAUAAGCAAAGGAUGGAACUUAGGCGCCUUGAAAAGGAAGCGACAUUGGCUGAGCUUGAAUGGAAAAUUGAAAUGGACAACUUGACUGAAAGUAAACUCCCCCCUGUUGUAUCUAGCGCCUUGAAUACUUCUACGUUUAUUGUUAACAAGCAAUCACACUCCACCCCAGUCACGUCUGAG